AUGAAAUCUCUUACCUUAAUCCUCACAUUCUCCAUUAUCGUUGCUUAUUCACAUGCAACAUCAACAUUGGUCACUCUUCUUCAAUCUCAACUUAAUCAAUAUUCCACACUUAACCUUACCCAACAACAAAUUAAUGAGACUAAACUGAUGGAAAUGGGAAUGUGCUCUUACAGAAUUACUAUAAAGACAAGCUGCAAUUCUCCAAAAUAUACAAAAGAUACAAUUGGUAUUUUAUUUGGAGAUGCUUAUGGCAAAGAGAUUACUGCGUUAAAAGUAUAUCCUGAGUCUGAAAUGUUUGAGCGGUGCAAGACACUUAUAUAUGAAGUAUUGGGACAUUGUAUUGGCAAAAUCUGCAAAUUGUAUGUUGCUAGGGUUGGAUUGGAUGGUUGGAUGCCAGAGACUAUCAUCGUAUACGACCAUAACGACCCACCUAUAAGUGUCAACUACAAUUAUUUCAUUCCCGAGGGUAUACGUCAGGGCUCCGAUUAUUGUGGACAUCAAAUUUAAUUUUAUAUUCCUUAAACACGUUUCUUUUCAUCAAAGAUCAAAUUGUCAAUAAGCAUAUAAAAGUAGCCUAAUGUGUAGUGUGUGAGUUUGAUUGAUUGUUUUUGUUAGAUAAUGUGUAACGGAUUUUUAUUA